AUGUUUAAUGAAAACCUAAAACCCGACCUGACCUCUGAGAGAAACGCCAGGCUUUUCAAAGCCGGUGGAAGCAUUUCUUACGAUAUCGGAUUCACAGGACUUGUACCUUCUUCUGCAACAUCUCUUUUCUCCUUCAAGUUGACUGAUGUGUUCCUUCAUCAUAUCGAGAGCCUCACUCUCUCUUUCUUUCAGUAUUGUACUAAAUAUGAACUUCUCUCAGGGUCUCGUUUAUUAUACACGUUAUGCAUCGACACAUUCAUAGACCCUCCACCUGAUUCUCUCGAUCGUUGGUUCCUAAGCGAUGAGUCCUCCUCAAUCACCGUUGUUAGCCAUGGCUUCCCUGUAAAGCCACCACUGGCAGAAGACUGUCGCACCCUACAGCUACACCGGAGACCUACGACCUCUCAGCUACAGCAUAAUGAAAAAUCAUUCUCGCUGAAAACCGUGGCGGAUGGUCAGGUGCUUUUACACUCGAACUCGGUUAAUUCCCGGGCUUUGAGAAUCCCAUUCCCGUGGUUGGUCUUUAAUGAGAAGAUCAGCAUAAUUAAAAGGCGAUAUAGAUGGGCACUUGAAAAUGUUGGGAGGAUACUUGGAGUUCUUCACGGAACCUUCAUUGGCUGA